AUGAACUCCAUGGGCCUGUCCAAGCUCCAGCUGGUAUGCCCCCAGCUGGCGGCAGAGCGGGGAUCCGAUCCCCACUUCUGCUGCACUGAGCAGCAGCUCGACACAAUACAGAGCCAGAUCCAGAUAGCUAACAUUUUUCUGCUCGGCUGCCCCGCCUGCUCCCACAACUUCAAGCACCUCUUCUGCCUGCUGGAGUGCCACCCCGACCAGGCGACCUUCACCAACGUGACUGCCACCCAGGCAGCACACGACACCGGGGUAACCUCCGUUGCCAACGUGUCCUACUACGUCACACCGCACUUUGGCCAGGCACUCUUUGACAGCUGCAAGGAUGUCACCUACCCUGUCCUCAACCAAAAGGCCAUGAAGUUCGUGGGCGGGGGCGCCCAAACCUACCAGGAGUGGCUGGACUUCAUCGGGACGGUCAAGGACGCCCGCUUCCCACCCACGGGGUCGCCCUUCCAGAUGGACUUCCCGCCGCUGGGCGAGCUUCCGGAAAGGAUGCGCGCCCUCAACGCCUCGCUGGCCUCCUGCUGCGAGGGCCCCCUGGCCUGCUCCUGCGGGGACUGCCCUGGUGCCAAGGGCUGCAAGCCGCACUCGCGCUGCUCCGUUCCCGGUUUCCUCCCCGGCCUGCGCUGUGUGGACCUGGGCUGGGCCCUGCUGGCGCUGCUGGCGGCGGUCGUCAUCCCGCUGCUGGUCCGGCGGCGCUGCGCGCGGCACGACCCCUCCGGCGAGGGCAUGCCGGACCUGCCCCCCGGCUACGCGUCGGCGUUUGAGGGUGCCAAGCGCGGCGGCCUGGCCUCCGACGGCGAGCUGCUGGACUACCCCUCCACCGAGACCUUCCUGCGCCGCGCCUUCUUCGACCUGGGCGAGCUCUGUGCCCGCCGCCCGGGCCUCAUUCUGGCCGCCACUGUCACCGCGGCCGGGCUCGCUGCGCUUGGCCUGUUGGCCCUUCGCAUCGAGUCCGACCCGGAGCGGCUGUGGGUGGGGCCGGGGUCGCAGGCGGCGAGGGAGCAGGCCGACUAUGAGGCGUCCUUCGGCCCCUUCUACCGCAUCAGCCAGCUCAUCCUGAGCACCGGCGAGGGCGGCGGGCCCAUCACCACCGAUUCCCACCUGCGCACGCUGUUUGCCAUGCACGAGCUCGUGGAUCAGCUCGCGGCGCCCUACGGCGAGGAGGCUGGGGCGGCCGGGAACGCCACGCUCUCCUCCGUCUGCUUCAAGCCGCUGGGUGCUGAGUGCGCCAUCCAGAGCGUGGCGCAGUACUGGCAACUCAGCGUGGAUGUCUACGAGCAUGGCAGCCCGCCCAUGAUGGUCCCUGUGACACCUGAGUUCUGCUAUGGGCAUUGGAACACGCAGUGCCUGAGCGCCUAUGGCGCCCCCAUUGACCCGCACGUCGUGCUGGGCGGCUUCCCCACGGCCGCCGCGGAGUUCCGCAAUUUUUCGGCGGAUGCCACGGCCUUCGUGGUGACCUUCCUCCUCGACCCCGCCCCGGCGCUGCGGCCGGCUGCCGAGGCGUGGGAGGCGGCCUUCACGACGCUCGCGCACACGCGCCUACGCAGCAUGGCGGAGGAGGCCGGCCUGCGCCUGUCCUUCAGCGCGCAGCGCUCCGUGGCGGAUGAGAUCUCGCGCGAGGGCUGGGCCGAUGCCUGGACGGUGGUCGCCUCCUACGCGGCCAUGCUGGCCUACAUUGCGGCGGCCAUGGGCACCUUCCCGCGCGGCCAACCCCGCCUCCUCCACUCCCGCAUCGGCCUGGGGCUGGCGGGGGUGAGCUGCGUGGCUGCCUCCGUGGCUGCGGCGCUGGGCUUGUUUGGCUGGGCAGGGACCCCCGCUACGCUCAUCGUCAUGGAGGUCAUCCCCUUCCUCGCGCUGGCAGUCGGCGUGGACAACAUGUUCAUCCUCGCCUCGGCGCUGGAGCGGCAGCCUCGCAGCCGGCCCCUCCCCCAACGUGCGGGGCUGGCCCUGGCCGCCGUCGGGCCAUCCAUCCUCCUGGCCGCCACCUGCGAGGUGGUGGCCUUCGCCCUGGGCGGCAUGACCACCAUGCCCGCCCUGCGCUCCUUCGCCCUCUGCGCGGCCCUGGCCGUGGCCCUGGACUUUGGGCUCCAGGUCACUGCCUUCAUGGCCGUACUGGUGUUGGACGACGCCCGCAUCGAGGCGGGGCGGGCUGACUGCCUGCCCUGGAUCCGGCUGAAGGAUACAGGCAGCAGGGCGCCGCUCUUUGGAAGCGAGGAGCUGGAGGCUGAAGCGGAGGAAGGGGCGGAGGCGGAGACCCGGCUCUUAAGUGCCUCUGGACCCGGCUUCAGUCAGGAUGACGACCUGGGCGAGGCCUCCUGGGGGGAGCGCAGCGUCACGGGCGCCCUUCGCGCCCUCAUCCGCGACCGCCUGGUCCCGGCGCUGCGCCGCCCAGCGGUGAAGAGCGGCGUCCUUGUGACCUUCACUGUCUUCUUCAUCCUCAGUCUGGCCGCCCUGCCUCGCCUGGAAAGGGGCUUGGAGCAGUCCACGGCCCUACCGGCCGACUCCUACCUGCAGGACUACUUUGCUGACGUGGCAGGGCUGCUCCGCGUCGGCCCGCCUCUCAUCCUCGUGGUGGAAGGCCUGGACCUGACCCAGCACGCGCAUGACAAUGUCACCGCCAUAUGCUCCGUAUCCGGCUGCGACCCAGACUCCCUGCUCAACGAGGUGUCGCGCGCCGCGCUCGCGCCCUGGCAGUCCUUCCUGGCCGCCCCCGCGGCCUCCUGGCUGGACGACUUCAUCACAUGGCUGUCCCCGGACGCCCCGCUCUGCUGCCGUCAGCACGGGGGGGACCUUGGAGGUGGUAUUCUCGGCCUCGGCCCCAAUCCUGACCCCGCCUACUGCCCGCCCCCCGACCAGGAGCCCUGCGCCUCUGAUCCCACCGCCUGCGCCGACUGCCGGCCCUGCCUGGGGCCGGGCGAGUUGUCCGACGGCCGCCCCACUCUGGCCCAGUUCCAGGCGCGCCUGCCGUGGUUCCUGGCGGCCAAGCCCAGCGCGGCCUGCGCCAAGGGCGGCGCGGGGGCCUACGACGCCGCUCUGCGCCGCUCUGCGUCCGAUGCCACCGCCGUCGCAGGCCUGUCCCGGGGCAGGGUGGACGCCUCCGCCUUCCGCACCAGCUACGUGUCUCUGUCGCGCCAGGCCGACUUCAUCCAGGCUCUCCAGGCGUCGCGUGGGUUUGCGGAGGAGCAGUCGCGGGCGCUAGGCCUGCCGGUCUACGCCUACUCCAUCUUCCACGUCUUCUUCGAGCAGUACCUGACCAUCGCAGGCGAGGCGGCCACCAUCCUGGGCAUCGCCGCCACCGCCGUAUUCGUCAUUUGCCUGGCCAUGACAGGUGGCAGCCCAGUUGCGGCCUGCCUGGUGCUGCUGACCCUGGCUUCCAUGGUGGUGGACUUGCUGGGCCUGAUGACGCUGACGGGGAUCCAGCUGAAUGCGGUGUCUGUGGUCAACCUGGUCGCCGCCCUGGGCAUUGGCGUGGAGUUCUGCGCCCACCUGCUCCACGCCUUCAUGGAGGAGUCGGGGGACCGGGAGCAGCGCACCGCCGCGGCGCUGACGCACGUCGGCGCGGCGGUGCUGGCCGGCAUCACCCUCACCAAGUUUGUCGGCGUGGCGGUGCUGGCCUUUGCGCGCACCCAGAUCUUCCGCGUCUACUUCUUCCGCAUGUACCUGGCGCUGGUGCUGGUGGGCGCCGCUCACGGCCUGAUCCUGCUCCCUGUCCUGCUGAGCCUGCUGGGCCCCAGCGCCUGGGACCGCUGGGAGCUGUGCCCCGCGCCCUCGGGGCGGUGGCGGGGGUCGCUGGGCGCCGCGCUGCCCUCUGAGCUGUUCCGGGACGAGGAGGAGGAAGGCGUGGGCGCGUCCCUGGCGGCGCAGGGCUCCGCGGGAGCAAGGUCGGGGAGGGGCUGA